AUGCGACGUGUACGAGGUUCUUUGUUCAAUGCAGACUUCAACGGAUAUUUUGUUCGUGGUGUCUACAAUGGUCCACCCAAUUGCUCUCACUUUGGAAUCAGCAUAACAGCGGCUAUACUCACAUACCCACCAGUUGGAUCUACCCUAGUGCCAGUUAUAUGCGAGAAGUCAAAAGACUCACCAACCACUAAACCCACCACAAGUGUACCGUUGGAAACGACUUCUCCAUCCUUCCCCUCCUCAUCUUUGCCUCCAUCCGACCACACCUUGACCGCAUCAGAGGAACUUCAGCUUCUUCUGAACCCUGACAUCAUAGAGCAGAAGGUCUUCGAUAUUGGAAUGAAUCUAAGUACAGGACAAUCAAUAGAAGUCAAUAAUAUCUAUGUAUACCGAUCUGUACUCGAAGAUUUGUGUGCUACUGAAUGGACGGACACCAGCCUGAACGGAGAUCGGUUCUCUUUCCCCGUAAACUAUUUCUGUGAAAGGAAUGACCAAUCCAAAGAUGGAAAUGACCAGCGGCCUGUCACUUUAGGAAUUGUUACGUCCGCACGUCUUGCUGAACUCCUUAAUAACAAGACAGCUAACAACGCCACCACCGACAAUAAUGAUGUCAAUCUUCGAGUUGCAAGUAAUGUCAUAACGGCAGUUGUAUACAUGGGUCACGAGUUGGUAUCUAUUCCUUUCAGCUUUAGAAACCAAAAUAUCGGAGAUGACAUGUAUGCCUACAAUCGAGAUCGGCGGUCGUCUAUGUGCAAUUAAAAAACCUAAAAUGUAGCGACUGAAUUAAUCGCAGAGAAAAAGCACUGUAUGGUAGCCGCGCUCGCACAAACUUAGGUUUAACACGUAAACCAAUGGGGAUCGCAGCAAAAUAUAACUAUUUUCCUGGUACCCGGACUCUUGCGGAUAUCUCACUGUUCGUCUCUUAACGGGAAAGGCUAUAAUCACGACUGCAAUUUCGACCAAACAGAUGGCUAGAUUUCUAAGGAGAUGUAUAUAGCAGUGUUUGUUCAUCACGUCAGAAAUACUUUUCACCAACAUGCAGCUUCUGGGAUAUAAAGACCAGGUAUUAUUUUGACAGCCAUAAUAUCAUGAUAUCAGAAAUUAUUUUCGAAAAAAAAUGCCUUUCAUUUGAUUUCUAUAUGUACAUGUUACAUUGAUAAAUGGAUUUUGUCAAACUUAAAACAAUUAUCAUUCCUCAUUGGUCAUUCUUUUAUAAGUGGAGAUCUGUUUGAUGCAGACAGAGGACAAAAUACGAUUCCUAGAGCAAUAUAAUCCCCAGAUCAUGUAGGGAAUAUGGCAUUGUAAUUAUAAGAUUUGAUCAAUCGUAAUUCUUUCUCUUCUUCAUCAUGUUUUUACAUUCUCAAAGAUUUUUGUGAUUAUGUUGAGAAUAUGACCUGUAUUCACUCUUUUUUACAAGUUAAACAACA